AAUACCACUACACAUAUAGAACAAGUGUUUGGCGACGAUGGGGUCGGUUUCUAUUUUGUUUAAGCAGGCAGGUGGUUCUUCCAUCGGGGCGGAGUUGUGCUUCUUGGCAAGGUCUUUUUUUCAUGGGAAAUAUCCGGGUCAAAGAGAAUCUCAACACAAAGCAAACGGGACUGGGUAGGCACUCGGGGUGUCUUGAUUUUAUUUUCCGAGCUCAUGGCACGAGAUGGGAGUUGGUCGCGCGGUGCUUUGGGGCUGCAAAUACAGGGCUCAUAUUUAUGUCAUUUUAUUUUUCUUUCUCUUAUUACCAUUUUUUAUUGUCAUUGUACUACGGUCGAGGGAUGAGAGGAUACCAGUCCAUUUCUUUCGUAUUAUUCCCCCGGGGCAAAGGUUUCUACCAAUUUGGGGUCAAGUGCAUCAUUCACUGGGGGUUUCUCUUUCUCUCGGGGCGAUCUUAAGGGGAGGAUGGAAUUUACGUCACGUGUAUGCGCGCGCGCGCGUGUGUGUGUAUAAGGAAAUCAUAUUCGGGCGGACGAAACGCAGGCGGCGCAGAAAUGGGUAUACACGCCAACUGGUUCCCCCAAACGGCUGUGUGGCGUUUUACCUGUUUUUGGUGUUUGUGUGUGAAGAUGAAAGAAAAAAGAACACGCCUUCUUUUUUUUAGUGUCUUCUGCCGUAUAUUCGAUGUGUUCAAUUGAAAUGGGCGAAAAGUGCCUCUCACUUCUACCAAACUGGCUAUUGCUGUAUUCGUGCGUCUUCCACGAUUUGUGAUUAUGAUGUGUAUGUGUGUGUGUAAUUACUGGUUUGGUAUGCAUGUCUACUAGUUAACCCAACAUAUGGG